UUUGAAGGCGGCACUAUGGCCAAGCAGACCGCGGGGCUAAGACCUGACCCAGAGUCAGAAUGUACGACAGCCCCCGAGGUAAUGGUGGUGGAUCUCACCAACUCCAAGGGACAUGGCUUCAGGUGUUAUCAGUACGAGGGUAUAUAUUGGAGUUUGUGGCCUCGUCCAAUAUACAAAGGGAAGAACCCAAUUGAGGAAUUCAAACGUCUGAAAGAUUGCACAAUGGAAGAAGAUGACGUCAUAAUAUGUGCUUAUCCGAAAUGUGGAACCCAUUGGUUGUGGGAGAUAACCGAGAUGCUCAAAAGUGGAAUCAUUCGGAAUACGAAGGAGGUGAAAGAGACCAGGAUGAUAGAGUUCAUACAAAAAGACGGAAUCGAAAGUCUCCAAAAGCCGAAGAUUCUGAAUACACACCUUCCUCUUCGCAUGCUUCCUACACAGGUCGUGGAGAAAAAGAUCAAGUGUAUCCAGAUCAUACGCAAUCCCAAAGAUGUUUGUGUAUCCUUUUUCCACCACAAAAGGGACACGUUAUCUUCCAUUGGAUAUGAUGGAGACUUCUUGGAGUUCACAGAGGCGUUUUUAUCUGGGAAAUUGCCGUUUGGAUCCUACUACAACUACCUGAUGACAUGGCAGAAAGAGACAGCCAGAGAACCGAGCCUACCUGUGCUCACCCUGCACUAUGAAGACAUGAAGCUGGAUCCCAUCAAGUGUAUACGAGACAUUGCCACCUUUCUGAAUCUUACUGUCACUGAUACCUUCUGUAAAGGUAUAGCCGAGGCGUGCAGCUUUGAUAAAAUGAAGCAGUUUGACAAAGAGGAGAAGCACAAGCCUUUCUCACUUUGGAAGGAGGGUUCCGCGGGGGGUCCUUCUAUAGAAAAGGUGAAGUUGGGGACUGGAAGAAUUGGUUCACGGUUGCAGAGAACGAGAAAUUUGAUUAUAUUUGGAAUGCCAAAAUGGAUGGCUCUGGUAUCCAAUUCAUGUAUACAUUAUAAAGAGUCACAUCUUCCAUAUUCCAGCCAUAUUGUGGCUCAAACAAGUUAUACAUUUAAAAAUACAUCCUGGUAAAAACUGUAAAGACAAGAAGGACAUCACAGAUUUGGAUGUAAAACUAGGUUGUAAAUCUAAAACCUUUUUACUAUUAAGACACUACAUUAUAAAACAGGCUAAGAAUUGAAGGUAGGUCACCAUGCUAGAUACCACGGGACUUACUGUACUUUUCCUACCUGUAUGGGCCCUAGCUGGAUCUACACCAUCCCUUCAGCUAAUGGCCAUUGUGCUCAAAUUUGGCCGUAAUUAAAAGAAAAAUACCCAACGAUUAAGAAUCUUGUAGGCUUACAUCUACUUUGAAUGCUUUGGGACUUACGCACCCUCUUAGAAGGACAGUGGUUUUACAGCACUUAUUAUAUAACCCCCUUUUAGUUUCAAUUACCAAUACUAAAGCGUUAUUGAUCUUUUUACAAAACAUAUUAAUCAAUGUUUUUCAAUCAGUUCUCUUUCUCCUUAAAAACAAUAAUUCAAUUGCAAUAACCAUUAUCGCAAAGAUGUUUAGCUGUUUUUAAACUGAAAUGUUGAUCCCUUCUGGUGGCAAACCAUGCAGUCAAGUAAGACAUGUUUGACCGUGGUUCUUUCAUCAUAAUGAUACAAAACGGAGGAUCCUCAGCUUUGGAUAAAUAUUCAUGAGUAUAUCUCGCUUGACCAAUAUGACAUCGUCGCAUAAUGACCUCUUCAAAUCUGGAAAGACAGCCCAAGUAGUUUGUUGCAUGUAAUGUAUUUAUACAUACCCGGUUGUCACACUUCUCAAGCAUUAUGAUGGAUGUAAUAUCUAUUAACAGCUUCGUCGCAUAAUGCCCUCUUCAGAUCUGGACUGACAACCUAGUAGGUGUAACUGAUAUUUGGUUUAAUUUCAUAUAAUUUAUCUAUAUCUAUUUGAGUGACCUACAGUUUUUGCAUUACUCCACAGAGAUCAGAUCUAAUAACAGCUUUGUAAUCGCUGUAUAAAUGAGAAAUGGUGUCACAGAUUUGCUGAGAGCUGAUUUACCUGCAGCAUCAGCAUCAUGCAUUGUGUUACCCGAAAAUAGAGCUGGUAAUCUUGAAAAUGUUGUUCCUGAUCCAGUGACAGUGCCAGAUCCAACUGCGCCACCACCCAUCUAUAAAUAAAGAUUUGCAUGCAUUAUAUUUACUU